UCCAACCACCCAUUGAACCAACACCACGACCAACUGGUCAUCUAAUCUGCUAUUCGCUAGACCUGCUGUGUUAAGUCUUGCCGGAUGGGCAAGAAUACAGAUAAACUCUAUGUCACGCAGUCAGAGAGCUCCGGCGUACUUGGCAAGCACUCAAGUAGCUCUGGCAUUGCCACCAAGAAGACUGCUUCCAAGUAUCGGAAGCUUCCAUUCUACUACUGCGCUCUGACGCUGCAGCCCUGGGAGCAUCCUGUGUGCCAUGUAGAUGAACAAGGUCAGGCCACGCUGUUUGAUCUUCUUGCCAUUGUACCUUGGCUGGCGAAGAAGGGCUCAAAUCCAGCAACUGGGAAGCCACUCGAUGCAAAGUCCCUCGUCAAGCUCAAUUUCUCAAAAAACGACGAGGAUGAUUUUUGUGAUCCAGUGACGAUGAAGGUCUUUAACGAUCAUACUCAUAUCGCUGCUGUCAAAACGACCGGCAAUGUCUAUGCGUACGAGACUAUUGAGACACUCAAUUACAAGACCAAGUCGUACAAGGACCUGCUCACUGACGAACCAUUCACAAAGGCUGAUGUGAUCAUCAUUCAAGAUCCACACAGCUUAGGUGCACAGAUGGACCUGACGGCCGUCCAACAAUCGCAAGUUGAAGGGAGCAGCAAGCUCAAGCAGAGUGCUGUAGGGGAAUCUGCAUCACAAAGGGAGAAGAAGGUGGAAGAAGCCAAGCUUGCCCUUCAGCGUUUUCGCACGCAAGCCGAACAGCCUACGAAAGCAGCGAAAGUGACAGCUACAGCGCCUAUCGUGUCAAAGCCCGAGACGAGACUCGCCAAUUAUUCCACUGGCAUGACUGCGGCGGCUUUUACCAACUCUGGCAUGUCGGUCAGUACGGCAGUGGAUCGGGCUGAGCUUGCAGAAGCAGACUGGCUUCUCAAACCACGCAAGGUCAAGAUAAAAGGGCUCGGGGUCAUUAGAACCAACUUUGGCUCUCUUGAUAUUGAGCUUGACCCAGAGUUCGCACCGAAGGCAGUAUACAACUUUGUAAAGCUUGCAAAGCAGGGCUACUACGAUGGUGUAUCAUUUCACCGAAACAUUCCUGGCUUCAUGGUGCAAGGUGGCGAUCCUACAGGUCGCGGCACAGGUGGCACAUCCAUCUUUGGCAAGGAAUUCGAGACGGAGACGCUGGGAACGGCAUCUCAUAGCGAACGAGGUCGACUUUCCAUGGCCAACAAGGGACCCAACACCAACUCCUCACAAUUCUUUAUAACAUACGAACCCUGCACACACCUCGAUAAGAAACAUACAUUGUUUGGUCGUGUGAUUGGGCAUUUUGAGACGCUUGAUCUUCUCGAGCGUGUUCCUUCUCCAAAUGGUAAACCACAAGACAGCAUCAUCAUGGAGACGGUCGAGAUUCUUGUUGAUCCAUUCGAGGAGUACCUUGCCAAGGAGAAGAGGAAGGCUGAGUGGGCAGCUCAGAAGAAGCAGGUGACAGAGGAUGAUCUACAAACCUGGACAAAUAAACCAGCACAAUCGUCACAUGUCAGUGCCGCGGCGCUGAAACAACGAACAGACAAAGCAGAUAGCCAAGUUGGCAAGUACAUGAAAAUUGAUGCAGUUGAAGUGGCCGAUGAUGCUGCACCUCCAGCAAAAAAAGUCAAGCGUUCUGGGUUCGGCAAUUUCAGUGGAUGGUGAAGGCCAGAGCACAUUGCAAAGUCAUGAGCAUUAGAGUAUGGUCGUCUGCUGAGUUGAUGCACGCGCUACAGCCAGUACUGCUGCCACUCCCACUGCGAAGCCUGCUUCCGUGCUUGACGAGGAAGGUAGGUAGCAAAGCCUGGUCUGUUGCUGUCUUGCUGGGAGCUGCAGCCUGCACGCA